AUUUCCGAGCCGGUUGGUAUAUUUGAACGAUGACGUUUGGUCACACUGGUAGAACUAUCUUUCACAUAGUUUAUUAUUACGCGCAAACAACAAAUAGCUCACCCUUUAAAAACGAAUUAAACAGCGAACAUGCAGUUCUCCUGGAUGAAGGUGGCCAUAUACCUUCUAACGUUCCUAACCUACGCCUAUUCAGGCUAUGGAUCCAGCACCAUAGUCCACGUAAGCUAAGGGAUGCCAUUAUAGCCGCGGAGGCGAUCUUUGGUGACGUGUUCAAGAACCUUAUAGUGCUGGUGCGCAAAUUUCGCACUGUCCACGAGGUUUUCGAUGCGGCCGUGGACGAGAACUGCAUAUACCAGUGCCCCGCACCGGAUAUCGGAGGACCAGCGCCCAGAGCGGUUCAGAAUAAGUUCUAUACCCCCACGGCAGAUGGAUGCGGUUCCCUGGGUCUGAGGAUCAGCACUGACUAUCUGCCGGCCAAGGAGAUGGAGACGUGCUGCAACGAUCACGAUAUCUGCUACGACACCUGUAAUAGCGAUAAGGAGCUGUGCGACCUGGACUUCAAGAGGUGCCUGUACAAGUACUGCGACAGCUACGAGAAGUCCAUAGCCAGCGAUCUGAUGAUGAAGGGCUGCAAGGCGGCUGCCAAGAUGCUAUUCACCGGCACCUUGACCCUGGGAUGCCGCUCCUAUCUGGACUCCCAACAGAGAUCCUGCUAUUGCGCACCGCCGAAAAGCUCCUCCUACAAUGGCAAUAGGCAGGGUAAUAGCAAUAGCAGGGAGAAGCAGCAACGCCAGAAAUAUGGAUGGAAGGAUCGCAACGAGAUAUAGUACAGGAUAACUGGCUACGAGGGUGCGGGGCACUGGGGGUAUCGGAUUAAGCGUUAAAUGUUUUAUGUGUUGUGUUAGUCCAUGAAUUGGGGGUGGCCAUGUCUAUUGGGCUCCUUUUUCGACGAAUUUCAUUAUUGUAUACCAAAUAGUGGCAUGCCAACGGUCCAGACUGUUAAAUACAUUGAUAUUUUUACCUAUUA